AUGGCGACCUCGCACACGCCAACAGCGCUCAAGCGUUGGAGCUGUCAGGACAAGCAGCUGCCGCCAGUGAACCACGUCAAGAAUAUCCACGUCUACGACUUUGACAACACUCUCUUCAAAUCCCCACUCCCCAACAAGGCAAUAUGGAACACAUCGACAUUCGGCUCGCUACAAGCAGAAGAAUUCCUGUAUCAAGGCGGAUGGUGGCACAAUCCCAACAUCCUGGCGGCAACAGGCGAAGGUCUGGAGAAAGAGGAGGCCCGAGCAUGGGAAGGCAGCUGGAAUGAGCAGAUCGCCGAGCUGGUGCGGCUUUCCGCAGAAGAGCCUACCACGCUUAACGUACUUCUCACUGGCAGGAAAGAGAGCGCGUUUGGCGAGCUGAUCGGAAAGAUGAUUGCAUCCAAAGGUCUCGACUUUGAUAUGGUCUGCUUGAAGCCCGCGGUGGGUCCGACAGGAGAAUACUUCAACAGCACUAUGCACUUCAAGCAGGCGCUGCUACGGGACAUCGUCUUCACAUAUACCGAAGCCGAGGAGCUGCGCAUAUAUGAAGAUCGCGUGAAGCACACCAAAGGCUUCCGCGACUUUUUCUUUGAUCUCAACAAGCAUUUGAUGGACGCUGGCGAGAACUCACCGCGAAAGCCCUUCACAGCCGAAGUCAUUCAGGUGCCAGAGCAGGAGAGCUUCAUGGAUCCGGUCACUGAAGUCAGCGAGGUGCAGAAGAUGAUCAAUAUCAACAAUCAGGCUAUCAUCGACGGUACAGCACCUGCCAAUACAACACCAUACAAGAUCAAGCGCACCGUCUUCUACACUGGCUACCUCAUCUCGCCCGAAGACAUUGAGCGCUUGAAGACUCUUAUCAAGCUGCCGCCAAACUGUCCUGAGCAUGAAGUCAAGUAUCUCGCCAAUAACAUCCUCAUCGUCCCGCGACCCGCGCCCAAGAGCAUACUCGAUAAGGUCGGUGGCAUUGGAGCAAAGGUCACUUGGAAGGUUACGGGCGUCGCAUGUCUUGAACAGAGAGUCUGGGCAGCUCGUGUUGCCUGUGUCACACCUGGUGUCAAGACGUACACGGAGAACACUACUCCCUGCGUCGUUCUCGGGACGCGACGGCAAGCAAAGCCGAUUGAAGCUAGUCGGAUACAGCAGUGGCAGCCUGUCACUGAAGAUCAAGCCUUCGAGUUCGAGACGACUGUUGGCGAGAAAGUCCUUCUCAGGGUGGAAGAAGAGUACCGAAACGAAGAUGAAUAUGAGGCGUCAUUCCCAACGGCCAAGAACGCGCGGAAGCAUCCUCGCGAAGAAGACUUUACUCCGCGGCAGAACGGCAAUAAGGGCCCCCGACCUCAGCAGAGAGGCUACCACAGUGGCGCGAACAGCUCAGCCUACCAAAAUAAGCGAGGCGACUUUGGCUCUCAACGUGGCGGCAAUGCAGCUCGCGGUGGCCAAGGACGUGGCGGCCAGCAAUGCCAACGCCGACGCGGCAACGACCAUGGCGGACGUGGUGGUGGUGGCGCACGAGGUCGUGGCCGCGGCAGCUACAGAAGCCUGGACGACAACGUCGGACAGGGCUACGGAAGCGGUGGGAUGCAAUACUAG